AUGGAUCCAAAUACCCCAAGUAGUCCGAAAAGAGCCAACGAAAGCCCGUACAAGUUACGAAAAAGAACCAAGACAGUCCAGUACGCAGAUAACCCCUCAAGGAAGGGAUCCGACAAGAAGCGCGUUCCUGGUAGAAGGCAACAAAGGCAGCAGAGAAUGUGGGAACAUGACGAGACCUGCCAGCUCCUAGCACACUUCCAAUGGAGCUUUAGCAAUGGCGUUGAUUUCUGGACUACCGCAUUUCCCAAAUUCCAAGACACUGUCCAACGAGCCUUCACCAAUGACCAGGCGGAGAAGCAGCUGCAGCAUCUAUCGAGCCAGCAUGGCCAGAUGGAAGGCGAUGAUGACUAUGUCAACUUGCUCGAAUCUGGCCUCGAUUCGUUGAACCUACCAGACGAGAUCGCCAGGAACGUUGAUCAGUUCUUGAACCGUAUACCCGACAUCAGCGCUGGCCAGUCUGCAGACGAUGCGCGUGCGAAAUGCUGCCUCAAGAGGCUCUUGGUGACUUUCUUGGUCUCUCCAGAGAAGUUGAAAACCAUAUUGCCGGCCGAAGAAGGUGCUGCAACCGCGGGCCUCGUUGAUCAAGUCUCCUCUGUAGACACUGGUCAAAUAACAGCAGCGCAACAGUCAUCUCAAGCCUCAUCGCCCCUCGGCUCGACAAACCAACUUGUCGAAAAUUCAUCCCUAAAGAGGGGUGAAGCCUCCGUCGAGAAAGGUUUCGCCGGUUCCCUACCACCCACUAGAAGAGAAAUAGUGGAAAUAGAAACCCGAUUAAUUGCGUCGCUGAUCGAAAAUGAGCGGCUCAAGAAAGAGCUAGAGCAACAUUACAAACCCGAAGCCCGCGUGCUGCACACACUUCAGCAAUUUCUGGAGUCUACACAUGUGAGGGCCCGACGCAGCAGAACCAUCAACACCAACGGUCCAGGUAUGAGCUCAAGAGAAAUCUCAGGGGCAUACGCGAGCUUGUUUUUCAAAAUGCAAAAUGCCUGUGCCCAAGCAUGCCGACGUGACUCAGAAGCACCAGACAAACAAGCCUCUUGCAGUGAUCUCGCCGAGUCCUGGGCUCUUAAUACCUUUAAGAGAGACCUGAAAGAUUGCAUUUCUCAAGUCAGAGAGUCCAAGCUUUUAAAAGACAAGUUGCUCCUUGGACUAGUAGGUUCAGCAGUUAUCGAAAUGAUAUUCGAGCCAGCCUUCCCAGCAUUCAUUCAAGCGCCCAAUCCUGUGGCGGAAGCCUAUCGGGAGCUCAUCCUUGAUAUCUCGGGUCCCACUGAGCUUCAUGAAGCAGACAACAAUGUUCUAACAAACCUCAUCAGGAAGCAUGAGCCUGAAAUCAUCAAAAGAAAGGUUGAUGAACUGGAUCGUAUCCUUCAUAAACACUUGGAUUUCUUCUUCGUCUCUCCAAAUGGCGAGACUGAAGACCAAGAAGAAGCGUCGAGGCAAGAUGCCGUUUUCACUUUCUUUCUCACAUCGGCGCUGGAGUUCAAGAUGGAACUCACAUCGAACACCACGCGACUGAAGUUCUUCUACUAUGCACCGGAUGAAGCCUUUGAUGAUACACGUAUGGAGCGGUGCAUGUUUUCGGAUCGUGAAAAAAACACCAUCAAAGCCUGCUUGUUCCCUCUCCUCUUAUUCGCGCCGGAAACACCAACUUUAAAGGAGAAUGUGCUCGAGCACAAUACCAAAUACAGCACGUACUUCACAAGGAUAUUCGAGGGAAGCCAUCUUGAUCUGCAAUUGGCGGCAAAGGCAAUCGUGCUGACCUAG